UUUCUUCGUCUUGGCUUUUGCUGGUCACUCCUCAGCAACCAUGUCGGAGACAGCGCCAGUCCCUCAGGCUGCGUCUGUUGCCCCUGAGAAACCUGCCGCUACAAAGAAAACCAGGAAGCCUGCGAAAGCUGCUGUCCCUCGAAAGAAGCCCGCGGGACCUUCAGUGUCUGAGCUCAUCGUGCAGGCAGUCUCAUCCUCCAAGGAGCGCAGCGGCGUGUCUUUGGCCGCGCUCAAGAAGUCGCUGGCGGCGGCGGGCUACGAUGUGGAGAAGAACAACAGCCGCAUCAAGCUCGGGCUGAAGAGCCUGGUGAAUAAGGGCACCCUGGUGCAGACUAAGGGCACCGGCGCUGCUGGCUCCUUUAAGCUGAACAAGAAGGCGGAGUCCAAAGCCAGCACCACCAAGGUGACAGUGAAGGCGAAAGCAUCCGGGGCAGCUAAGAAACCCAAGAAGACUGCUGGGGCUGCAGCAAAGAAGACUGUCAAGACACCGAAGAAGCCCAAGAAGCCUGCAGUCUCAAAGAAGACUUCUAAGAGCCCAAAGAAGCCGAAGGUGGUCAAGGCCAAGAAGGUAGCCAAGAGCCCUGCCAAGGCAAAGGCAGUGAAGCCUAAGGCUGCCAAGGUGAAGGUGACAAAGCCAAAGACUCCAGCUAAGCCGAAGAAGGCGGCGCCCAAGAAAAAGUGAACAGUUGGAGGCUUCUUCCAGUAACCCAACGGCUCUUUUCAGAGCCACCUACAUUACUCAAAGAGCUUAGCACUAACUAGUUCACAGCAAUGUGCAACUGGGUACAAAAUAAACAGGAGUU